UGAAAGAGGACCAACUCUUUCAUUGGAGGGUGGUUGGCAGCGAGCUGCUUUCCGACCCAUAUCAUCUGCAGAUUGGUCCUCUUCCGACUGUUAUGAAGAGAAGGUUGGAAAUCAGACUUGCUAUGACAAAAAUAAACUUUAAUACGGUUCGUCCUGCGAAUACGAAACCGUUGCGUAGGCCUUAUGCGAAAUUUCUGCAUUUCGAAAGUCUAGGUACUCUAUGAAUGGCCUAAUUUGAAGAAUGGAUUCAUUAAAAUAUCAGAAUGAUUAAGGGACAUUGAAAGAGAGGUUUGGGAAAAGUAAAUAAAAAUAUCUGCUUGGAUCCGCAAGUGAUCUCUAUAGGCUUCGUGUAAACUCUUUUAGAAUUGUGCUUCGACCGUUGGUCAUUUCUUGACGAAACGUGUCAAAUAUAAGCUCUUUGUAUCUCUGUAGCUUUGUGUGUGGAAGCUGAUCCUGCUAAUGAAAUGUCUGUUGGUUAUAAAAACUUUCCAUGCAUUGUACUUACCUUGUUUUGACAGUCGAGAAGCUCUGAUAAGGAGUCUCGCAAGUAAUUAAAAAGUAAUUACUACUGAGAAUGUUUUGCUUUGUUGUUUAAUAUCGAAGGUAGUAAAUAUAAAUAGCUCAUCAACCUUGGGGUAUAGAAAUGUCAAAAUGUUGAAAAUAGUUAAUGUUACAGUUAUACUUUUGCUUCUAACAGUCACAGAGGCUUACCGUCCAGUUGGGCUCGGUGGUCCAGUUGGGUUCGGUGGUCCUGGUGCAUUCGGUGGUCCUGGUGGAUUCGGUGGUCCCUUUGGCUUUGGUCGACCCGGUUCCCUUGGACGUCCACCAUAUCGACCAUUGCCCCCAAGGCCACCACGGCCGCAACCACAGCCACAGCCACAACUGCAAACCUUGCGCUUAUGCAGUUCCACGCAAUUAGCUCAAGACAAGUGUCUUUAUGCAGUGGAAGUAGCUGCCAACAGUUCCAUUCAAUUGAAUCUAGAAUGCGUUCAACGCGAUUCCUAUGAUGCCUGCGUGAGUGCGUUACAGACGGGUGCAGCUGAUUUGGUGGUGGCCGAUGGGCAGGAAUACCAGACGGCUCGUGCGGGCGGUCUAACGCCAGUGCUGUAUGCGCAUGAAAAUCGAUCGAGCUUUUACGUAGCGGUAGCACCCAGAACCAUUACGCUUUUGGAGCUAUACGAUGCGACUAUAGAUGUGGAUACUACGAAUGAGCGCGCCACUCGUGCUGCUGCAUUCUUUAAUCUUAAGCGUGGCCAGGAUGUGUGCAAUCUGUCCGAGAACGACACUGCAACGAUUAAGAUUCGUGAUUCCGCCGAGUAUGAGCCCACCGAAGAUGAGAUAUUGAUAUGCGCCAAUCUCACUGUGGCCGAGCGGCAGGAAUACAGCACAUGCAACAUUGAAGCCAGUUUGGAACGCGCCAUUUUUGCCACCAAAUCCUUUGCUGGCAAUCGCAAGUAUAGACAGCUCGUAGAAAAUAUCUUCGAGACUCUGUUACAAAGUUUGGGUCCAGACAAUAGUGAUUGGAAUUUCUUUGACGAUUUUGAGAAUAACUCUGAUGUCAUCUUCAAGAACAAUACAAUCGGAUUUUGUACAAGGCCUUCUUAUAUAAAUGGUUUUACUGAGGAAAUAUUCAACAGCAUUCAAUGCAAUUGAGAAGGUGCCUAACAGAAUUUUGGCGACGGAUAAUUAAUUUCGAGCAUACUCAUUCUUAAAUGUAAUAAUUGUGGGAAAAAUAAAUGAAUACAUCUUGCAUAAAAGAGGGCGCGAUGAAUGAUUUCUAGAGGGAGGACUCUGAUUUUUCUGUGAAUAGCGAACCAA